AACAAACGUCAACGAAACACCUCUGUCAAGAAUCAAAAUCAAGCACCCACAGACUAAAACACUUCAUCUUGACACUUCAACCUCUUAAUAAACACAGGUGUACAUCGUUGCGGUAGCGCCAUGAAUAUCGACACGAUUCCUGAUUUUCUGGCUGAGCAACGAGACGCGGCCCCAGCGGAACUUCAACAUCUCUUCAUCUCUUUCGAAGAUUACUGGGAGAGGAAGUUAUGGCAUCAGUUGACAGAUGCUCUGGUUGAGUUUUUCAACAGCCCAGAGAGCGGACCUCAAAGGCUUGCCUUUUAUAAGACAUUCAUCCUCACUUUCGCCGAUAAGAUCAACCAGCUCAGACUUGUUACCCUGGCACUCAACGCCGCCACUCAGUGCAGAGAUAGCCAAGAGCGCCUGUCUUUCUUGAAUUCUGUUGCAGCAAAGGUCAACGACCCAAAAUCCCAGGAUGCAUACGUCUACGCCAUCGUUGCUGUUGCAACGGUUAAACUCGAACUACAAGAUCUUACCGGAUCCAGAGCGGAUCUCGAUAACGCAGAGAAGAUUCUAGACCACUUUGACUCGGUUGAAACCAUCGUUCACGCAGCUUUCUACCGCGUUAACGCUGAUUACUAUCAAGCAAAACUAGAUUUCGCAUCAUACUAUCGAAACGCCCUAUUAUAUCUUGCAUGUAUCGACCUGGCUGAUCUCAUACCUGCGGAAAGGCGGAACCGCGCAUACGACCUGAGCAUUGCUGCCCUUAUCUCAACCUCCAUAUACAACUUUGGAGAACUGCUUCUGCAUCCUAUCCUGGACUCCCUGGUAGACGAGGACGCUUGGUUGGUCAAGCUGCUGUUUGCCUUCAACAGAGGAGAUUUGGCUGCGUAUGACGUCUUGGCUGGUCACAUUUCGGAGAACAAGUUACUGUCGUCGCAUAAGGAGGGGUUGAGGCAGAAGAUUUACCUUUCUGCUUUGACUGAGGCCGUCUUCCGCAGGCCUCCGCAUGAUCGCGCAAUGUCGUUCCACACGAUUGCCGAGGAGACGAAGGUUCGACCUGAUGAGAUUGAGCACCUAAUCAUGAAGGCUUUGAGCUUGGGGCUGUUGAGGGGUAGCAUAGAUCAGGUUGACGAAGUUGCACGUAUCAACUGGGUGCAGCCAAAGGUUCUGGAUAUGAAGCAGAUCGAGGGCAUGAGGUUGCGACUUCAGGAGUGGGAUACAAGCGUUAAUGAACUUGGGAACUGGAUUGAAUCCAAAGGGCAGGAUGUCUGGGCGGCUUAGAAUAGCAAGGAAGACAUGCUGGGCGUCUGGGAGCUUGGCAACGGUUGUACAAUAGCAGUUGCAGCGCAUAAUAGGCAUUUGCGUCCCAACAAGGAGUUAGACCGAGGCAGGAAUGAUAAUAUGCUUUGGUUGCCUUGAACUAUCUUCUUCAUUUCAUUGUACAAAGGCUAUUGAGAUUUGUUUCUACAUAGGGCGUUCAUACAUCUCCCGGCUUUCCGAGAACUAUAACUGCUCCGACUAUCCAAGCCGGCCACCACACGAACCACACAACAAAUUGGGUGGUCAUACCCCACACGUCCCAGCCAAACGCAGCCUCUGUCAGAAUUUCUUUGAUCGAGAGUUGCCAAUAUGAGCUGCCAAUGCAUAGGACCACAGUGGGGGUUAAUAGAUUGACGAAAACCUCGACUGCGAUUGCCACCAAAGGUCUCUUGGCGAGAGGCUGCACAUACGUCAAUGGCGAAGCAAGCAGGCCGACUAAAAGGGCUAGAGAGAAGUUAAGCGUAGCUAAAGCUGAUAGGAACAUCCCCAAAAGUAGCAGAGAGA